UCCCUUGUGACUGCAUGGCGGCCAUGUUGUGUUUUAGGAAGGCGGCGAGUCUCCUCAGCAGAUGUGUUUCUCUUUAACUCAGAACGCUGGAUAUAAGAUUUCUGUUGCUCGGUCACAUUCACGGAGUUCGUUUCUUUCUCAGACCUAAACGCUGUGUUCCGGUUUCGGAAGGAGAUCUGGUCUGGACGUCAUGGCCUCUCGUAAAAAGGUGCUGCUUAAGGUGAUCAUCCUUGGUGAUUCUGGGGUUGGAAAGACUUCUUUAAUGAACCAGUAUGUCAAUAACAAGUUCAGCAACCAGUAUAAAGCCACGAUCGGCGCUGACUUUUUGACCAAAGAGGUGAUGGUGGACGACAGGCUGGUCACCAUGCAGAUUUGGGACACAGCCGGACAGGAGCGUUUCCAGUCUCUGGGCGUAGCGUUCUACAGGGGCGCCGACUGCUGCGUGCUGGUUUAUGACGUCACCUCUCCGAACACCUUCAAGACCCUGGACAGCUGGAGGGACGAGUUCCUGAUCCAAGCCAGCCCCCGCGACCCCGAGAACUUCCCCUUUGUCGUACUCGGGAACAAGAUCGACUUGGAGAACAGACAGGUGACCACGAAGCGAGCCCAGGCCUGGUGUCAAAGCAAGAACAACAUCCCGUAUUUCGAGACCAGUGCCAAAGAAGCGAUCAACGUGGACCAGGCUUUUCAAACCAUCGCCCGUAAUGCACUCAAACAGGAGACCGAGGUGGAGCCGUAUGAUUUCCCCGACCAGAUCAAGCUAGGAAAUGACAGACCCGCCACCUCGAACGACGGCUGCAGCUGCUGAGGGACGGGAGGGGGAAAAAAAAAAAAAACCCUGAUGGCAAGGAGGGCAAAGAGACGACCAUGAUCUAGCAGAGACAGAACAAAAAAAAAAAAAGAAAAAAAUAAGAGAGAGAAAGCCACCAACACCACCCUUGCCAUGUUUGUCUUCUCUUCCUCUUUAAGACCUCCACGGUCUGAAAUACCACAUGACAGCGUCCCUAUCUCCCCAAGUCCCAUGCAACACGUGGCAUCAUGAUGCUACUUCGAGGAAACAGGAGAGAGAGAGAGCGCAACCUCUUUCCUGCAGCAUAGCAAUCCUUUUAAAAACGCCAUCUCACAGUAUCACUACUCUGUCCAAGACGGUCACUACGCCCUCUUUUCCUUACACAGUUGUUUUUUUUCUUCUGUUGAAUCAUUGUGCCUUUGGUUAAACAUCAUUCCAUGUGUCUUAUGUAUUUCUAUGCUGAUCAUGCAUUCCCUACUGUAUAAAGUCCGCCAGUGAUAAAGAAGUCCAACCUGUCUGUAUUUGCUUGUCAUGAAUAUAUGAGCGACUGAUCAUUCAUGAAAGGCGAUCAGUUUUAUGAUGUUGACUAACAAAAUCCUGGCGUCCCACGAUCAUAUUAUAUUAUACAGUUACGUUAAUUUACACCAUUUAGAGGACUUUACCUUAACUUACAUGAUGCCAGUGCUUUAAACCUUUUGACUUGGUCACUAUCGGGCUAUCUGGUAACAUUUUAAGGUUAGGAAAAUGAACACUUUAGGAAGAAAGGAAAAGCAGAAGCAUAGAACUUUACUGCAUCUGAGUCUUUUUCAUUCAUCGCUUCUCCUUUCAACUCUUCAUCUUUGUACAUUUACAUACUGUACUUGUAUUAAUAUAUAUACAUACCUUAUAUCAGAGAAUUUGUUUUAUAUUGCAGGAUGAACAUGAUCUAAAAUAAAAAAAAAGGAUAGUCUUUGGCCAAAUGUGCCAGUGUAACUUGGUAGUGUAUAUUCUAAGCCAAAUAGACAAAUAAAGAUACAUUUACAAUCAAA